AUGGAAUUAAACUAAACAACGCUUGAGUCAUAUAAUAAAUAACUCUAAAAGGGAUAAGGUACAUUAAUUGGUAAUUGGUGGGAAGAAAGAGAAUUAAGAGACGUAACUGGUAUAGGAAGAUCUGCUCAUAAUUAUGCAAAGCUCAAAUCAACCAUUUCUUAAACUGGGGCCCAAUCAUUAUAUAAAGAAUCCCCAUAAACAGAAUCAGUAAAUGAUACAAAUGAAAGAACUAUGGGUAAAAAAUUCAAUCACAUACCAAACACAACCAACAGCGAAUAUGGUAAAGGGUUUAAUAAAGCAGAUUAAUUACCCAGAACUGGUCCAGUCCAUCUUAGAACUCAAUAAUAAAUGAUAAAUCACAUAAAAUAAGAACUGAAUGAAAUCGAAAACUAAAAGGAAAUUUAAAGAAAUAUUCGUUACUUCUAGACAACUACAUAAACUGAAUUUGGACCUAAGGAACAUGCUAUGGCAGGUUGCACAGUUGGAAGAAGGGUAAUGAGAACUUAAAAUGGAUAACCAAUAACUCCUGAUAAUAGAGAUGAAGAUAUUUUGGUAGAUCAUGGAUUUUUGGAAAGAUAACCAUUUUUGACUGAUGAGGAAUUGAAAAAUCAAUUACCAUAAGGAGAGAGUUAUUUAACAUAGCAACCUAUUACUUAUUGGACUGAAAAGACAACAGAUGGUUUUGGUUGCGUGUAUUAAUCAAAAUCAAACCCUAAUGACCCUAAAUCUACCUUUAAGCUAAACAAUUAGUUUCUUAAAACAUUCCACGACUAUUCACAUGUCAGAAAGUGA